GUCUGUGGAUUCACUGCUUCACUCUUGACAAGUGACAUUAAUGAUAUUAAGUUAUUACUUCUAUCUUUCCUUUAAAUAUUUAUUCUACUCUAUGAUCUUCUACGACCUGUGUCUACGACUUACACGAUCUCGCAUUAUCCUAAAUUAGUUACAAUUAAUAGUUGAUUAAAAAAUACUAUCAAUACCAUUAUAUUAAUGUAAAGUGAAAAAUACUAUAUUUUAUUACACUUCAUAAUGACUUUUAUACCUAAUUGGGAAGAAUUUGAAAAGUCAGCAGAGAUGUUAUACUUAAGAGAUCCUUUAAAUACACGUUAUAGCAUUAAAUACUCUCAUUCUAAAGGAGUAUUUUUAGUUAAAAUAACCGAUAACAAAAAGUGUCUUCAAUACAAAACAGAGGUUCAACAGGAUGUCAGAAAAAUUGAUAAUUUUAUAUCGAAUUUAAUAAGACAUAUGGCUUCAAAUGAUAACUAACCUAGUUAAAUAAAAUAAUAUUUAUA